GCGUUCUCUCUCUCUUCAAUUUGAAAAUGGCACAAUCAAUUGAGAUCGCAUCUACUCAAGAACCUAUGGUAGUGGAUGUCUUGAAUCUUAUUAAUGAUGCACGUAUGACUUAUGGUCUUAGACACCAAGAUUAUCAACGCUAUCGUGAGUACUGUACCAAUCGUGUCCGUCGUCUUCGUCAAAUCUUGAAAUUGACACAAUCUAACAACAAAACCAACAAUGCUCGCAAAGCUUUACCUGAAAAAUUCGAUGAUGCUCGUUAUCUUCAUCUCUAUAUCUAUGAAACUGAAAGAGCUUGGGCAUAUGCUAUGGAACUCAAGCAAGAAAGUGCCAACAGUAUUGAUACUCGUUCUCGCCAUCACCUUGUCAAGCGUUUAAAGCGUGCCAGUCAACAUGCCGAGCAAUUGUAUGCAUUGUGUCAAAAGCAAAAAGUAGACAAUUACACUGUGUUGGAUGUUAAGGCCUAUACUUCAAGUAUGAAAGGCUAUUUGUUUUUUGAGCAACAACAAUGGCAAGAAGCCUUGAGCCAAUUUAUUGAGUCAAGAACUAUUUACAAUCGAUUUGCUCAAAACAAUCAACCUGAAAAAGAAGCUUUAUGUUAUGCUGCUAUGGAUGAAAUUGAUCCCAACAUUCGUUUCUGUGCAUAUAAACUUCAAUUGGAACAAGAUGUCGAGAAACUUGUGAGUGAACACCAUGACUCAUCCUUGGAUGCUCAAUUGAACCAAGUUAUUUCUGAAUCAAGACAACAGCAACCAUUGACAUGGCGCGAAAAGACAGUUCAGAUCAAGCAUCCUGCCUUGGCUGAAGCUAUCCAAAAGGCGCAAGAGAAUAAUAGUUGGACAGAAACUGAGAAAUUAGCCAAGAAGGCUGUCAAAGAAGACAAAGAAGCUACUGCCAAGGUCACUUCCUCCAGAUCUGCAAAGGCUACUGAAGAUUUGCAAUUCUUGUUUACCUUUGUUGAAUACCAUGCAUUCGGUAGUUUGAUUCAACGCAAUCUCAAGCUUGUUGCACAAGCAGAUAAACCUCAACAAGCCAUUCAACUCUAUGACGAUAUUCUAAAGAAUAUUGAAUACAUGUGGGAAUUACCUAAUGUCAAGGAUGAUAUGGCAUUUGAUGGUGAAUUGAAUGUAUUGAGUCUGUACUAUAAGGGCUGUCGAUGUGUUCAUGUUGCUCAUGCCUAUAGCAACAUGAAAAAGACACCCGAAUCUUUAGCCUUGUAUCAAAAGGCACAAAGCUAUGUUGUUCAAGCUAAACAAGGUCUUUCUCAAAUUCGUCAGUUUGCACAAGAUGCUCUUCUCAAAGUGACUGAACAAGACUUGUCUGAACUGGAGCAAUCAAUUCAGUCUGGUAGCUGGAAGUCCCGUGCUGCUUGGUACCUUGAACAUGGCGAAACUGAACAAACAACAGAAACACUGGAGGAUUUAACGAGUGGUGCCUUGAUAAACCAAUUGGAAACUUAUCCCUCUCACAUUUCCCCUCAGCGUCUUGUUGACUUUCCUCCUUCAUUCCAACCUGUUGCCUGUAAACCCUUUUAUUUCGAUUUAGCAGCCAACUUUAUAAAAUACCCUGAACAAUCCAUUGACGAGCGUACUGAAAAGACAUCCAGUGGAUUUUGGGGUAUCUUUGGUGGUCGAAAGUAAACACAUAUUCGGCAUUUUAAAUAAACAUUCUUGCUCUUCUCUUUUCUUUA